CUAGAGGGCUCCAGGCUUCUCUCCGCAGCGGGAGGAGGAGGAGCAGAAGGAGAGAAAGUUCGUUACUGUGGAGAAACAGAGCAGCGAUGGUUUAACUGGAUUAAUGGAGCAGGAGGAAUGGACGCAGAGUAUCACCAGGUUUCAGGCUCGGUGUCUGGGUUACCUGACGAGGAAAGACCUUGGGUCAGUUCAGGCUGAAUUUGAAGAUGUGGUCAGAGAACUUGAGGGCUCCUUGGAAAACCUGACUUGGAGGGGCCAGUUCAUCCCCAAACCCCACUUUACUGAUCGGGUGAGUGGACUGUUCAGAUAUCAUCGACCAAAGAUCCAAACACAGGAUCAGUCCGAAGCUCCUGAGAAACUGAAGAAAAAAUCUCCCUCAAACUCUGAGAUCUUAGAAGCUGAGAGAGAUGAAGAACCCAGCAGCCAACAACAACAAGACUGCAGACAGAUUUCUACACCACCAGAGGGUGACAGAGAGGAGACAGUAAGAGAGCGGGAGAGUGAAACAGCUGCAGAUUUCAGAAGAGUGGCCUUGGAGACAAACAGCUUACUUCAGAAAGACCACCAGGCGAGCUCUCUUCUCAAAGAUGUAGCUCACACUCCUGAAGCUCUGAGACAGCACAGGAGAAAGUUGGCCAUGGAGCUGCUGUGGAUUCAGCAGGCCAUCGCUAGCAGGAAGAAAUAUCUGACCCUGAAACAGAAGAUGGAAGUGGCUUAGCAACUGAUGACUGAACUGAUGUACAGUGGUGCCAGAAGUGAAGGUUCUGAUUGGCAGCACAGCCAUGCUGACCUGUUUCGUUUCUGGAGAUGGAAAAAAAGACAAAGACUUUUAAAACAAUGCCUCUGGGACAGUUUUUGUGUCAUAUCUGUGUGUGUGUGUGUGUGUGUGUGUGUCUUCUGUGAAGAUGAAUACUGUUGAAUUCAUAUGACAUUAAUUAAGUUUAAUUCAUUUUUGGCCUCUCUUUUGCUUACAUCUUUAGUAGACAGUCAUGUCCAGUCUGGAGAAAAAGCAGAAAAUACAUGAUGAACAGAUGCUCUCUGAAAAUUCUGCAGAAAUCUUUGCAUUCCAGCUCAUCUGUUAAAUACAAAAUCUGCAGUAAGUUUUUUUUCUAUAUAAGAUCUAAAGCAGUAGAUCUCAUUCUACGUCUUAGAGCAGCAGUCCCCCUUUAGGGUUUAGUGUAGUUUACGGUAACACUUUACUUGGAUGGUCCAUUUUAUGGGCUUGUUGAUGCUCAACUGACAUUCAACUAACACUGAAUUGAAUGUCCAUUAAAUUUAACUUAACCCUAUGUUGAAUGUAAAUUAUUCAAAAUAGAACCUAACCCUACACCUAACCCUAACCUUAACCUUAAUCAACCCUAAAAUCUAACCCUACACCCAACCCUAACCUUAACCCUUAAUCAACCCUAAAAUCUAACCCUACACCUAACCUUAACCCUAACCUUAACCCUUAAUCUACCCUAAAAUCUAACCCUACACCUAACCUUAACCCUUAAUCAACCCUAAAGUUUAACCCUACACUCAACCCUCACCUUAACCUUAAUCAACCCUACACCUAACCCUAACCUUAACCAUUAAUCAACCCUAAAAUUGAACUCUACACCUUACCCUUACCCUAACCUUAAUCAGCCAUAAAAUCAAACCCUACACCUAACCCUAACCUUAACCCUUAAUCAACCAUAAAAUCUAACCCUACACCUAACCCUAACCUUAACCCUUAAUCAAUCCUAAAAUCAAACCUUAACCUAAGCUUAAAAUCUAACCCUAAACCCAAUCAUAAAAUAUUAAGAUAAGCUUUUGGAUCAGAGUUGAAUGUAGGGUUAUAUUCAAUAGAAAAUCAAUAACUUUCAGUUCAUUUGCAUUUAAUAGAGAUGUAGUUGAAUGUCAAUUUAAUGUCAGUUGAGCAUCAAAGAGGCAAUAGACCAUCGGGGUAAAGUGUAAUUUACCUAAUUUACUUAACUGAGGAGCCCUUGUUGAGGGAAACUCAGUGUGUUCCAGUAGGAAAACAAUAAAAUCAGCAGGAUGGUGGUACUUCAAGACCAGUAUUGAGAAUCAAUGAUCUAAAGCAAAGCAUACCAAAUAUGUAUCUGUUAAACAUGGUGGUGGGGGGUUUGAAAUGUGCAGGCACACUUUCCAUCUCCCAAAGUUCAGUUUUAGAAAUAGGAGCAUUUUGUGCUUCUCAGCACCCAGUGAUAUUGAGGCCUGGACUCUGGGGUGGUCAGUUGGUGAGUCCAUUGUUAGAUUUUUUGUAUAUUUUGCCUCUUUUGUCUAUUUUCUUUGUUUAUUGUCCCAUUAAAUAAGUUUGUGUUUGUAGUGAUGAACUGUUGGUAUCUGAUGAUAUUGUAUUAUUGCUGUUAUAAUAAAUGUAAAAGUGAGGAAGUUGA